AUGGAGCAUGGAGGUGACGGCACCACGGUCGAGCCAUUCGACGGGGACCGCGUCUCCCUGCCCCCUCUCGGCAAGGGGGCGGCCUGCCUCUCGGGCGCGCUCGACCCGGAGGCGGCCGCAGUUUUGCAGAACUUUGAGACUGACCUGCUCGCCUCGCCUGACGUGGUGGAGCAGCGGCGUAUGUCGGCGCCGGCGCAGCCGUACCUCGACCUCGAGUUCCGGGCGAGCCGGCCCAAGUACAUCCAGUUCUUGUCGAUGUUGAAGUCCCGCGGCAUCAUCUCUCUUGUCGGCCGCCGCCGAGGCAGCGUGACCCCGUUUUUCGUUUCCAAGAAAAAUGGGAAGCAGCGUUUGGUGCUGGACUGCCGGCUCAUCAACAUCCUUUUCCACCACGCCCCCGUGAUGGAGAUCGGAGCGCUGGACUGCCUGAGCGGGCUCGAGGUGCCGCGGGGCCGCCAGGUGUUCACGGCGUCGGCGGACAUCGAGGCCUGCUUCUACCAGUGUGGCGGGCUGGGGUCGCUCAUCGAAUUCUUCUGUCUGCCAGGAAUCUCGGUGGCAGAAGCGACGCACCUGGGCUUCGACGUCACGGGCUUGUUCCACGACGCAAAGAUGAAGCUUCACGUGGCGUUGAACGUGCUGCCGAUGGGCUGGUCCUGGGCCUUCUGGUUCGUCCAGCGCGUCCACCUAGAAAUGCUGCGGCGCGCUGGGAUUGACUCCAGUCGCCUGGCGCUUGGCGGGUGGCCGCUGCCGCUGCUGGAGGGCGGCCCUGUCGAGCUCCCAUACUCCGACAACGUGAACGUGAUCGGGCUGGACCCGGUCGCCGUCGGGGAGCUCCGCGACAAGAUCGUCUCCACCUUCGAGCGGCAUGGCUUCGCGAUGCACGAGAUUUCGCCCGUCUCGGACGCCGCGGUGAUCCUGGGCGCGAGCGUCGGCGGAUCUCCGCCGAGCACGCGCCGGGUCUUGAACAAGUUGCUGUUAGUGCGAGGGGCGCUGCAGUGGCUGGCUUCGGGGCCCACCGUCACUGGGCGCCAGGUGGAGGUCAUCGUCGGGCACUACGUUGCGCUCACGUCCUUCAACAGGCUCGGGCUCAGCGUGAUGCGGUCGCUGUACGAUUUCAUCCGCGACAAGUACGUCAUGCCGACGCGCUUGUGGGCCUCCUGCCGGUACGAGGCGUGGGUAAUGGCCGACGUGAGCUUGCUUCUCUCUGCGAGGCUCGACCGGCCGUGGUCGCCCGUCGUGACGGCCUCCGAUGCCGCGAACCGUGGCAUGGCGGUGUGCGAAGCAAUUUUCCCGGUCUCCGCCGUGGCCUCCGUCGGGCGAUGGCGGGAGCGGUGGAGGUACAGGCGGCUGAAUCCCGACGAGUGGGAGUUCGCUGAGAUCGAAGAUCCCCUCACCGUCACUGCCUGCUCACCGUUCCGCUGGAUCCCGUCCGAGUUCAACCCCGCGGACGCGGGCAGUCGGCUCUUCGAGCACCAGGGCCCGCUCGGCCAUGCUUGGUCCGCUGAGUCGAGCUGGCGGGUCGCGGCGGCGCUGAGCCAGGCAUCCAAGUCGCCGGCCUCGGCCGCGGCCCGCUCGCACUGCGAGGAGGCCGCAGCAGGCGCUGCCACGCGCGCCAACUACAGGCCGCUCUGCGACGCCUUCCUCGAGUUCUGCCAGACGAAGGGCCGCGUCCCAGCCGACGUCAACGAGCUGCAGAUCAGGCUGCUCGAGGCGCUCGACCACCUGCUUGGGGCCGAUGGUACCAAGGGCGAUGCGGACACGCUCGUGGCGGCGGUCAAGGAUCACUUCCCCUUCGCGGUCGGCUCGGGGACUCUGCCUCGGGUGACCCGCGCCCUACGGGGGUUCGGGAAGAAGCGGCCGCCUCGGUCCCGGGCACCGGCACCAAAGGAGCUCAUGGCGGCAGCGGUGUCGAUGCUGCUGGCCCUGGGGCUGUACGACCAGGCGCUGCAAGUCGCGGUUCUGUUCUACACCUACAUUCGCCCUGGGGCUCUCCGACAGCUGACGGUCGGGCAGCUGCUGCCCCCAGCGAGGCGGUCGGGGCCGCUGAGCCACUGGUCGAUCAUCCUGGCACCGACCGAGACGGUGGGCGCGCCCCGGGUCCUGACCAAGACCGGCACCUCGGACGAGACGGCGCUGCUGGACGAGCCCGCCUGGCUGGGGCCUGUGCUGCAGGCGCAUGCGCGGGGCAAGCCUCCGACCGCCCCCCUCUUCACGACGGGCGGCCCAGGCAUGGCAGCGGCCUUCGGCCGUGCUGUGGCCGCCCUGGGCGUCCCGGGCGUAUGCCUGUACCAGCUCCGGCACGGCGGGGCCAGCGACGACCUGCUCACCCAGAGGCGGCCGGCGGACGCCGUGAAGGCGCGCGGCCAUUGGAAAUCCGAGAGCAGCUUGCGCAGGCACGCGAAGCCCGGGGCCAUUCACCAGCUGCUCAACGCGAUGCCAGCGGAGAACAGGGCGUUCGGCGUCCAGCAGAUGAACUUGCUCGAGCGCCUGCUGAAGCGCGAGGUGUUCGAGCUGAUGGCCCGGUCUUGGGAGCUGUCCGAGUCGGAGAUGCAGGACUGCAUGCACCCUCUCGUCAGAAAAUGCAUUUACGAGAGCCUCCGUUUGAGGCUAGUUGCCCUGCUGUGGAUUGGCUCCAUAAGCGCCACUUGGUCGCGUGCCAGACGCAACGUCUCUGGGCAGCCCGGGUGGCCAGCGCCGCUGCGGUCGCGAAAGUGCAUCUUCGGUUUACCCCACCUCGCUGGGAAGGAUCUGGCAGCUGUUCACGGAGGCAACGCUCGUGCGACCUGGGCCGCUCGCCUCUUCCAGUUCGCAGCGCUUCGAGGCUGCCCCGUGGUGAUUGAGAACCCGCAGAGCAGUUUCAUCUGGUGUCAUCCAGAGUUCCAGCGCUUGUGCGAGAAGUGGCGGUAUAUCGACAUUGACUAUUGCGCCUUCGGUCUCGGGGGAAGGCCGGCCAGGGCCAUCUAG